AUGCACCGCUUCUACGGUCAGUCCACCAACGGCAACGAAUCCGUUAAAACCCCCAGAACCCCAUCCCCCAAACCCGGCCAACUACCCAUGGAAACCAACCCCCUGGAACCGCCUCGUCUACGCCGUUCAAACGCGAUUAAACGUGUAGGUGAGGUUUUGGUUAAUUAUCGUCGUGAGCGUGAGGACGAUCGUGCAGAAUCACCUACUCCAGCGGGUAGAACCAGGCCGUUUUCUUUUACGCGGACGGGUCGUCAGGGUCAUAUCAACAUUGCCAACACCGGAUACACGGCUAACAAGUAUAUAGAAGAGAUCGAUAUCUCGCCUAUGAAAGACGAGUGGAUGUGGGAGGACGUGCGCCAUAUCCCGGGCAUUCUAACCUCCUUUAUUAAACCGGGGAUGUCAGCUGACGAGCUAGGUUUUCAUCUUGCCAAAGUGCUCUACGGCCGCGAUAAGUCUGUCGGUGGCAUCGUGACGACCCUGGUUAAUGAGAAUGUCACGUACGACGAGAUUGCCGUCCGCACGCUCAAACUGCUCGAUUUAUACGAUGACGAUGGUCAACCUUUGUACGAGCAGAUCGCAUCCUCUGGUUCGGACCGUCGUCCUAAUCGUCCCUUGCACUCAAAGAUGAACCACGGACAAGUGCAGACUCCACCGAUCUCGCCCUAUGCACGCAACGAGGAACUUCUCUUCUACAAAGACCCGAACACAACCGGUCCCGAAAUCAUCUGUCCCCAACCCCGCCACGCAGCCCUCGAGCGAGAAGCUAUUCAGCGCUUCUUAGCCGAGGACGACUCUACCUCCAACGAAGACGAAGACGAUGAGCACACCAACCCCUUCGCCGAUUUCGAUUUCGCUUUCGACGCCCCGGACGCUGAUACUACCAAUGCUAACGCUUAUGCUGACGAUGCUUACGAUGCUAGCAGUAGCAGCAAUAGCAGUCCCUUCGAUGACAUCGAUGUACAAAACGCGCAGGCUAUCCAAUGUUCCAAAUCCGGUCCGGCUAGAUUUUAUAGUCAGUGCUAUGAUGGUGGUGGUGUGGCUAGUGCUACUGCUGCUGAUGAUACCGGUGUCGGUGCUGAGCAUGCUAACAGGAAGCAGCAUAAUGCGAGUAGAAUCCCUGAACAACUUCGUCCGGGGGUGGUGGCGAAGCAGAAGUCGAAGAGGGGGAGGUUUUUGAUUGAUUAA